AUGUGCUCUAACCCUGCUCGACCCCCACUCGACGGUUCAAUCCCCAUCCUUCCGGGGUUCAUCGACUUUCAUGCCCAGCACAACCCUGAACAGCCGUGGGCCCUCCUUUCUGCUGGACCUGGCCUACCGGUCGAGGCCAUUUCGUUCGCGGAGUUUGCUCGUGCCACCAACAGAGUCGCCCACAGGCUCAGGCCAAACAGGUCAGGCCCCGACAAUGAGGUUAUCGCGAUUCUCAUCAGCUGCGACACUGUGCUGUACCUCGCCAUGUUAGCAGGAACGAUGAGAGCAGGCAUAGUACCGUUCCCUAUGUCUCCCAGGAACUCGGCACCGGCGAUAGUCGACAUGCUCAAGCGCACAUCCUGCCGCCGGAUUGUCGGUCAGGCCAGUAUGCACUCCCUACUCGCCGAUGUCCAAUCCGAGCUCGAGAACGAGGAGCAUACGCUCCAAAUUGACUUCCUUCCCGAGCUCGAGGAGAUCUUCCCAACUUUGCGCGGAGGAAGCUCCGCAGAUCUGUGCGAACCUUACCCUAGCAGCAACAAGCUUUUCUCGAUGGACGAUGUCGUCUUUUAUCUUCACUCGUCUGGUUCGACAGGCUUUCCAAAGCCAAUUCCUCAGCGCCAGUCCGAUAUACUUCAUACGUGCAACGCUUCGAUUAUUACUGAUUCCAUGAAUCGUGAGGUUAUUUGGGGAGGGAUGGCACUACCCACGUUUCACCUUAUGGGCAUAUGCGUACAAUUGUACUACCCUCUGGUGAGCGGGCUUUCGGUAUGUCUGUUCGCUCCCAGAGCGCCUGCGUCACCUGUGGUUCCUACCCCGCGCAACACCAUUGAAGCGGCCAUGGCUGCCAAAUGUACGGGAAUUUUGACGGUUCCUGCAUUCGUCGAGGCGUGGGCGAGAUUGAAGGGCGAUGUCGAAUACCUGAAGACUUUGAAAAUAGUUGUUUUUGGUGGCGGGCCGCUGCCAUCUAAAGUCGGCGACGAGCUCAUAGUGGAAGGCGUCAACCUGUACCCCUGGUACGGAGGCACUGAGUUCGGACCACACACAAGGGUCUUCGACAUGGACGAGUCCUCCAAUCCUGCCCCAAACGGCAAGACAAGAGCAGACUGGGAGUGGCUGUCGUUCUCCGACCGGGUGACGUGUAGAUGGGUUUCUGAGGGGGACAGUACAUUCGAGCUGCAGUUACUAACGUGUGCAACGCACCGCCCUAAUGUGGAGAACCUAGAGGACACGAGGGGAUACGCGACAAACGACCUGUGGAAACCGCAUCCUUCAAAGGAGGGAUUGUGGCGCAUAAUUGGUCGCAAGGACGAUGUUAUCGUUCUCAGUUUGGGAGAGAAAGUCGUUCCGAUUCCACAAGAAGGAGUGAUCAGCUCAUCGCGUAUAGUCCAAGGAGCUGUUAUGUUUGGUCGCGGCAAGAGCCAGUGUGGUGUUCUCGUAGAGCCUAGAAAAGGUCAUGCUAUCAGCUUGAACGACGUGAACGCGUUGCUGAAAUUCAGGAACAAGCUUUGGCCUGUCGUUGAAGAAGCAAAUCGUACAGCCCCGGCAUUCGCGAGGAUCUUCAAGGAGAUGAUCAUUGUCACAGAUCGCGCCAGACCCUUGCCUCGCACCGCCAAGGGAACGGUUGUCCGGAAGCAAGCGCUGAAAGCUUACGAGAAGGAGAUAGAUAGCUUAUAUGCGAUUUUAGAGGACAGCGGAAAUGCUGAAAGCAUCCGUCCACCGUCCUCAUGGAGUGUGCCCGACAUACAAGCCUGGCUUCAAGAACACGCUUCUGCUCUGGCCAAUCGCUCAGAUGUAAUCUCGCCGUCUAGAGAUUUAUUUGGGCAGGGAUUCGACAGCUUGAAUGCGACGUUCCUCCGGACUCGCAUUAUAAACGCCCUCCGCGCUGACCCUCAGACCAGGAUAUUCGCUCUGCAUGUAUCGCAGACCUUUGUAUUCGAGCACCCGACGCUGCACGACCUCGCCAUCGCCAUCGGUGUUCUCGUAGGAGAGGACGUUCGCGAAGAUGUGAGGAACUGAUGAUUUCAAUCAAGCGAUGUAGAUCGCCCUGAGUAACUAGUCAAGGGUUGCAUGUAACACCGCUGAAUACAUCUCGACUAUGACA